AGUCAAACUGUUUGACCAAGCCGUGUUUAUUGCUCAACGAAUGAUGAGCCAAAUCUGAAAUCAGCGUAUCGUUUCUAUGACAACAAAUGUAGACGCUAAAAUACUUGGUCCUUAUUGGUUGUGAUCCGUUUGAUUUCUAGCAGCUUAAAUCACCUGACUUAUUUUCCCAUUGUUUCUGACUGUUCUUUAUUCAAUUUAGUUUCAGACAUUCGUCUUUUAGAUCAUCCCCGGUAUUUUUGUUAACUACAGAAUUCGUGACAUCUUCUGAAUUGGCGAUCAAAUUCAUCCACAUCAAUGGCUACCAUACCUUUCCAAAUCUCCAAUCUUUUGGAGAAGAUGACUUCAGCCGAUAAAGAUUUUCGCUUUAUGGCCACUAAUGAUUUGAUGGCUGAACUACAGAAAGAUUCAAUUAAAUUGGAUGAUGACAGUGAACGAAAGAUUGUUAAAAUGCUUCUCAAACUCUUGGAAGACAAAAACGGAGAAGUCCAAAAUCUGGCUGUCAGAUGUUUGGGACCAUUAAUCAAUAAAGUCAAGGAAUCACAAGUGGAGAUAAUCGUAGAAACACUUUGUACUAAUAUGACCUCUGAUAAAGAACAACUUCGUGAUAUCUCCAGUAUUGGUUUGAAAACCGUUAUCUCGGAACUACCACAGUCAAACACCACAAUUGCUGCGACUAUUUGUAAGCGCAUAACAUCAAAGCUUACAAAAAUAAUCAUAGUGAGUGAUGUCACUGUUCAGUUGGAGGUGCUCGACAUCUUAGCUGACCUCUUGAACCGGUUCGGGCCUCUUCUGGUUUCAUUCCACCCUCAAAUAGCUGAUUCCUUGUUACCCCUUCUUGACAGUCCCCGGUUAGCAGUACGUAAGCGGUCCAUCUCUGCGCUAAGUUUCUUGGCAGCAAGCUGUAGUCUCCCUCUGUUCAACAAGAUGGUUUUAGUUUUAUUUGAACAAAUGGGACAACAUCAACGAACGAUGAAUGUAUCAAGUUUAAGAACUUAUAUUCAAUGUAUUGCUGCGAUCAGUCGUCAAGCUGGCCAUAGAUUUGGUGAACACUUGGAACAUGCUAUGCCUUUAGUUUUGCAAUUCUGUGAAUCUGAGGACGAUGAGUUGAAGGAAUUCUGUAUCCAAGCCUUCGAAUCUUUCGUCCGUCGAUGCCCUAAGGAAAUAACUAUCCACAUCCAAACUAUAACUGCAAACUGUUUAAAAUAUCUCUGUUAUGAUCCUAACUAUAACUACGAAGAUGCAGACUCUGAGGAAAUGGAAAUGGAUCAAGAUGAUAAUGGUGACUCUAAUGAAGAGUAUAGUGAUGAUGAUGACAUUAGUUGGAAGAUUCGGCGAGCUUCGGCAAAAUGUCUUCACGCUGUUAUUUCCACACGUCAUGACAUGGUGGUUGAUUUUUACACUUAUAUUUCUCCUGCAUUGAUAGCUAGAUUCAAAGAAAGAGAAGAAAAUGUGAAAGUUGAUAUAUUCAAUGCUUACAUUGCUCUAUUGAAACAAACUCGUGGUGGAAAUCUCGGAUCUGGAAUAGCUGAUCAACAGAAUCCUAUUCAUCUUCUUAUGCUACAAGUUCCAGCAAUCGUCAAAUCACUUCAUCGACAAUUACGUGAGAAAAGUAUCAAGACACGUCAGGGAUGUUUCUCCUUGCUUUCUGAACUUAUCAACGUUUUACCAGGCUGUCUUCGUGACCAUACCGAAAGUUUGUUUCCUGGUAUUUUAUACUCUCUUGGAGACAAAAAUUCCAAUUCAACUAUGAAAAUCGAUACUUUAAUUUUCUUGAGCACAAUGAUUCGUACUCACCCACCCCAGAUUUUUCAUCCACAUAUUCAUAUUUUAUUACCGACUGUCAUUACAUGUGUUGUAGAUUCUUUUUAUAAGAUUUCUUCUGAAGCUCUGGCUGUGCUUACUCUCAUGGUGAAAGUGUUGCGACCUUUAGAUUCAAUGGACGAAUUUCAAUUCGUUCCUUAUAUCCCAAUAAUCUAUGAAAACACUUACAACAAAUUGAAUACAGCUGAUAUUGAUCAAGAAGUUAAAGAACGAGCUAUUACUUGUAUGGGAACCAUUAUUAGUACAUUUGGUGAUUGUAUGCAAGAACAGUUAAAAACUGUUUUACCUUUGUUGGUGGAUCGUCUGCGAAAUGAGAUCACAAGACUGACGUGUGUUAAAGCUUUAACAGAAAUUGCCAGUUCAAAAUUUCAUAUUAACCUGGCUGCAUUGUUACCAGAAGCUGUCCCUAUUUUGGCAUCAUUUUUACGUAAAAAUCAGAGAACUUUGAAACUGCAAACUUUACAUCUUUUAGACACUUUGGUUAGAAACUAUGGCGAAAACAUUGGUACCGAAGCAAUCAAUAUUGUUUUAAACGAGGUCACCCCGUUAAUCAAUGAGAGUGAUUUACAUAUCUCACAACUCACCCUUUCUCUGCUCACUUCAUUGACCAAGUCAUAUCAAGCUUUUCUUCCCGUUAUUCCUCAACUUAUUUUACCCGAAACGCUUGUUUUGGUCAAAAGUCCUCUCCUCCAAGGUACUGCCUUACAGUCUGUCCUAGAGUUUUUCCAAGCUUUGGUAGGAAGCGGUUUCCCUGGCCUGGACUAUUUCACUUUGGUUAACCAACUUAAUGCACCCAUCUACAUGGUUAAUCACCAAGGUGAACAAUUGCAUCCUCCAUUACACAAACAAGCUUAUCAUUCAAUUGCCAAAUGCAUUGCUUCUAUAUCUAUAAUUGAUCAUAAACGAAGUCUUAAAGCUGUUCGCCAUUUCAUCCGGGAUAUCGAAGAGCACUCUCAUUCACCUUGCAUUCAAAUGUUUGCCCUUUUAACUAUUGGAGAAAUUGGUAAAAAUGUUGAUCUGUCAUCUAUUCCCGAAUUGAAGGAACUUCUUAUCAGUGCUUUUUCUUCGCCCAGUGAAGAGGUUAAAUCUGCUGCUUCGUUCGCUCUCGGUAGCAUAAGUGUGGGUAAUCUGAAUGAAUACUUGCCUUUCCUUCUAACAGAAAUAGAGAAAAAACAAAAAGGACAAUAUCUCUUGUUACACUCUCUUAAGGAAAUAAUCAGCUGUCAAUCAAUCAAUGAUCGUAUGAUUCAAUCACUGGCUCCAUUUUUGGAUGUUAUUUGGGAGCUUCUCUUAAAACAUUGUGAAUGCCCAGAAGAAGGUACUCGCAAUGUGGUUGCUGAAUGUUUAGGCAAAUUAACAUUGAUGAAUCCCGAAGUUUUACUUCCAAGACUUGAGACAUUUUUGCGUCAUCCUUCACCUUGGGCACGAAGUACUGCAGUUACAGCCAUGAAGUUUACCAUAUCAGACCAAAAACAAGCUAUUGAUCCUCUUCUUCGAUCUUCUAUUGGAAAAUUCCUUCACACACUUAAAGAUUCUGAUAUGAACGUUCGUCGAGUUGCUUUGGUUGCCUUCAACUCAGCUGCACACAACAAACCUUCCUUAAUUAGAGAUCUUCUUGAAGAAGUGUUGCCUCAGUUAUAUGAAGAAACUAAAGUUAAAAAAGAAUUCAUCCGAGAAGUUGAAAUGGGUCCUUUCAAGCAUACUGUUGAUGAUGGGCUAGAUAUUAGAAAGGCUGCUUUCGAAUGCAUGUACACACUGUUGGAUUCCUGUUUGGACAAGAUUGAUAUUUUUGAAUUCCUUAAUCAUGUUGAAGAUGGUUUGAGGGAUCAUUAUGAUAUCAAAAUGCUCACUUAUCUCAUGCUUGUCAGACUUUCGGUUCUUUGUCCAUCUGCAGUUCUUAACCGUUUGGAUCGGCUUAUUGAGCCAUUGAAAGCAACGUGUGAGAUUAAAGUUCAACAAAAUGCAAUCAAACAAGAAUUUGAAAAGCAAGAUGAACUAAAACGAUCGGCUUUAAGAGCUUCAUUAGCUUUAACAUCAAUCCCAGAUGCAGAUAAAAACCCCGCUGUCAGUGAUUUUCUUAAUCAUAUUAAAAAUUCACGUGAACUAUCUAAAUUGUAUGAACAAAUUCAGAAAGAUUCGUCUGCUACUGUUGAUAAUACUUCACCCAUGGAGAUAUCAUGAUGAGGAUUCAAAUGCAAUUUGUGAUGAACGAUGAACUUUAGUAAAUUUUGAUCACAAGAAAAAUACAUCUGAAAAAUUUUGAUAAUCGUCAUUGUAAAAAAUAAAUAAGUAAGAUCAAAAUAA